AUGGUGUACUAUUUCUCCUCCAAUACUGUGUCCCCGGCAGCCUUCAUCUACGUCGGCAAGGACAAAGUUGAGAAUGAAGAGCUCAUCAAAUACGGCUGGGACGAAGAUGUCUGGUUCCACGCAGACAACCUGUCCUCGGCACAUAUCUACGUCCGGUUACCUGAGGGCGAAGAUUGGGAGAAGAUGACUAAAGAGCUGCUGGUGGACUGUGCCCAACUUACCAAGGCAAACAGUAUUGAGGGCAACAAGAAAGAUAACGUCACGAUUGUGUACACGCCUUGGAGUAACUUGAAGAAAGAUGGAAGUAUGGCCGUGGGUCAGGUUGGGUUCAAGGAUCAGCGAAAGGUCAAACGCAUACACGUAGAGCAACGAGAAAACCUCAUCGUUAAUCGUCUUAACAAGACCAAAGUUGAGAAAUUCCCGGAUCUAAGAGAAGAGCGAGAAGCAAGGCGGGCCGAGUUGAGGAAACGAGACCAGAGUGCUUUGCAGGCUAAGCGCAAAGAGGAGGCCCGUAUAGCCAAGGAGCGCAAGGAGCUUGCAUGGCGCAGAGAUCAUGCCUACGACGAUGUCAUGACAGAGGAGAACCUGGAGGAGAACACCAACGAGAACCGCGAUGAGAACUUCCUCGACGACUUCAUGUGA